AUGGCCGCCACCGCUGAUUGGACGCGCAACAAUUCAGGAGGGCAUCGCCCAAACCCAAGCGAACAGCCUGCUAUCCAGCUAUUUGACAAAGUAAUGGACCCAUUGAAGUUUGAAUCGAUAACUGUGCAGGAUUUGGAAGGUGACCAUGGCCUCAACGUGCUGAGUGAUUUUUGCACACGCAUCGGUCAAGAUCCCCCGGUUGGUCAGAGAACGAACAAGCCAAUGGCUGCGUCAGCGCUAUGCAAAUACAUUGAGGCAUUAUGUAAGACACUUCGGACCAAGUACGGCCGGUCCCCAGAGUUUUUGAAGUUUCCUUUGUUUCCACCUUCAGAUGUCGACGGUCUCAAAAAGACGUUCACUGAUACACACGGCCGGACGCUCAUGCAGGGAACGGACGAUGAUGCCAUCCUGCGCGACUACUACCCCAUCCCACGCCAGCAUUCCCCUAGGACGAAGCUUCUUCCGCUUCACAAUUUUUCCAACCCACAACAACAAGAACUGUCGAGGAGUGUUGAUCUACUCCGCCUCGCCACCAGACUACUGCAGAGACAAUGA